AGUGAGCGUACAACUACCACUCUGAAUAGUUCCAAGAAGACACCGUGCUCCACUGUUGCACGCGCACCCACGCACAAUCACAAUGAAAUUACUGGUAGUAUUGUCGGCUGUACUAGCCCUUACAGCGGCUAUCCCUCAACGGCGGGUAUCGCUGAAACCUGAGGCCGCUGCAGCUGCUGACCAGCAGACAGCUGAACAAAACUACAACUUCCCACAGGGUGACUACAGGCAACAGCCCCAAGAAUACAGAAAACCCGUCGAAGACUUCAGACCCAAAGUCCAGUUGGAAACUACCACUUUCAUUCCCAUCAUCAGUUUUGACAAGGAACAAGGAACCGAUGGAAGCUACAAAACAGCUUACGAAACUGGCAAUCACAUUACUGCCAAUGAGCAAGGUUACCUGAAGAACGUUGGCGAAAUCUCAGCCAUCGUGCAACAAGGUUCAUACUCCUACACCGCUCCCGACGGCCAGAUCAUCACCGUCGAGUACACAGCUGACGAAAACGGAUUCAGUGUCAAGGGCGACCAUAUCCCCACCCCCCCACCAGUGUCACCUGAAAUCCAAAAGGGACUUGAUCUCAUCUACGCUGGAAUCAAGGCCAACCAGGAACGUGUUGCAUCUGAACUUAAGAACAACCCUGAAGCUACCAGACAAAACGAAGAGAGAGCCGCCUUCGACUACAAAGGUCAAUACUACCAACAAUAAAUUUCAUGAAGUGGACUUAACAGUGAAAUAAGUGACCCGCACUUUUUAUCCGAGGCACAUUGUUAUUUUAUAGUGCAACAGUAAUGUAAAAUGCUCUAUGAGCAUUUUCAAGUCAGUUUAGUGUUAUAAUAGAAGUUUACUUUUUUUACAAACUCCGUAAAGAUUUGCGCCGGUACAACGUUUUCUUGAUGUGAUAAUUCAUAGUUUUAGAUACAAAUAAUUGUAGCUGUUAUCUGAAGUAUAUAUAAAGAUGUCAAUCUUUUAUAUAUUCAGUAACGUUCACACUGCCAAUAAUAGAAUAAGGAUAUCUGAUUGUGACAAGAACGAUUUCUCCGAAAACAUUAGGAAGAAAAAUACUCAUAACUACUGAUAAAUGAUUAUAUAUGUCACAUAAUUCUGAUAACUCAAGACUGUUUAUUGUUAUAAAAGAGAAGAAAGUUCUUUUGUCAUAUUUUUGUUUACCAAAAUACUUUUAUGGAUUUUGUACAUAGCCUAAUUUUUAUACUAUUUCAAUAAAAUGUUGAAUAAUUUUAUAAUAAUAAUAAUAAUGUAUAAUAAAACA